CAUCAACGUCAAUGUUCUUUCUCUUCUUUGGAACAUUCACUGGUUUAGGACGCCUGUAAGCUUCCUUGUUGAGUGAUUCAUCAGCUUCUUGUGCUCUUCUAGGGGUGAGAUCCAUUGAUGGACCCAUUUCAACUAAUUCAACACGUGGUUAUACUCUAAAGUGUACAGUUGGAAGGUCGUUUUCGUCAGCUUGCUCACCGACUGUACAACUAAUAACAUGUGAUAAGCCAGCUAAAGAGAUCUGACUAAGGGUUUCACCUCUGAAAAAGUCAAGCAUGACAUUCUUGAAAUGUUGAUAUUUUGGAUGGCUAUCAAAGAGCUCACCGGUGAAGUUAAAGAGUGGUUUCAUACCAACAUUAACUUGAUUGUGGAUGUUGAAAUCCUUCAUAGGCUUGAAAUUUUCGACACCACAUUCGAACAUAUCGAAUAGCUGGUAGUUAAAUGUUCUUGUGAAUAUCAAAUUGUGUGGUCUCUUCUUUUGAUGUGAUCCAACGAGUAAAAGAGAAGCAUCAUUCUUAUUAGACCAGAAUUCUAAGCUGGAGGCAUCUUCGAAAGGUGUAACUUGAUUCUUCUUAUUGAAAUUAAGACCAUUAGGCUUUUUCAAGCUGUAUAAAUCGCUCAUCGCUUCAUUUACAAUAGCAGACGUAGUUUGAGUCUUGACGAACAAGGCAGUCUUUGGAUUCUCUGAUAAUUGUGGCUCCCUCUCUUUUAAUGCUCUCUUAGCUCUAGCAUUCUUUGGUUUUACCGUGCGUAGCAUUUUAUAAAUUUGAUAGUUUGUCUUCAAGGUGUGUCUUCUUAAAUUCAGACUAUCAAGAAUAUGAUGAAAAGAUAUUUUAGUACAACAACGAGAGUAUUAUCACACGUUGGUAAAAAUCCAGUGAACAUACCUGCUUCUAUACAAGUUAGUAGUAGUCUAGAUAAGUUGUCAGUAAAAGGUCCAUUAGGGGAAGAAUACGUUAAUUUACAGCCCUUCAUACAAUUAAAACAAUCAGAUAGUGAUAUUAGAGUCAGCGUUUUGGAUAGAAAAGUACCACAGCAGAGAUCAAUGUGGGGUCUCACAAGGACGCUCAUACAAAAUGCAAUCACAGGCGUUACAGAAGGUUUUAGAGUUAACGUACGUUUAGUAGGCGUUGGAUACAGAGCUGCUAUCGAAAAUCAACAAAUACACCUCAAAUUGGGUUUCAGUCAUCCUGUAGUUAUGCAAAUACCAGAGGGUGUAACAGCAGAGACACCAGCUCCUAAUAGAAUAAUACUGCAUGGAUCUAACAAGCAUCAAGUUACCGCAUUCGCCGCCGCAAUUAGACACUGGAGAAAACCUGAACCAUACAACGGUAAAGGUAUCUUUAUAAACGAUGAGACUAUCCGUAGGAAGGAUAAGAGGUAAAAGAUUUCAUAUUUUAUUGGUAUUUUAUCUAUUAUCUGACUUUGAUGACUUAUAUCUGUGCUCUCUCCGCCGUUCUCUCUCUUCUCUGACUUUUGCACGUUGUUCUUUCCUCACACGUUUCUCUGCAUUCUUUUGUGCCUUUGCUGCUAAAGAUUCUUCUUCAGAUGGGCGUGGUUUGGGUAUGUAUCCC